UGAGCUUUUGCAGCUAUAUAUACACAUUUUCUCUUUACCACAAUAAACCAAUAUCAAAGCUCAACUCACCCUCAAAACCAGUCAUGGCUACGAGCUCAACCCUUUCUCUACUACCCCAUCUCUUCUCACUAGCCCUCCUCCUCUGCAUUUCCCUCGUCCAAGGUCUCAACCCAAAAUGUGACACAUCGGACCAAGGCUCAACCCUCCAAGUCUUCCACGUUUCCAGCCCAUGCUCCCCGUUCAGGCCCUCAGAGCCACUGUCAUGGGAGGAGAGUGUGCUCCAAAUGCAGGCCAAAGACCAGGCCAGGCUCCAAUACUUUUCCAGCUUGGUGGGCACUGGCAGGAAAUCUUUCGUGCCGGUUGCCUCUGGCCGGCAGAUUAUACAGAGCCCCACGUAUAUUGUGAGGGCCAAGGUUGGAACACCAGCCCAGACCUUCCUCUUGGCCAUGGACACCAGCAAUGAUGCUGCCUGGAUACCUUGCACCGGCUGUUUAGGGUGCUCAUCAGCAUUUUUUGCCGCUGACAAGUCCACUAGUUUCAAGACCCUCGGUUGCCAAGCACCUCAGUGCAAGCAGGUACCUAAACCCACUUGCACUGCCAACGCGUGUAGUUUCAACUUGACCUACGGCGGCUCCUCCAUAGCGGCUAACCUGUCACAGGACAACAUCACCCUAGCCGAUGACUCCAUCCCUUACUACACCUUCGGUUGCAUACAGAAAACCACGGGCAGUUCGGUGCCACCACAGGGACUCUUGGGUCUGGGUCGAGGGCCACUCUCACUUCUUUCCCAGACUCACAACCUCUACAAAUCUACAUUUUCAUACUGCUUACCUAGCUUCAAGUCCCCCAAUUUCUCUGGGUCUUUGAGGCUCGGGACCGUCGGGCAGCCAAUAAGACUUAAGUACACUCCCUUGCUCAAAAACCCUAGAAGAUCUUCACUGUACUAUGUGAAACUAGUUGCAAUAAAGGUUGGACGGAAAGUCGUCGACAUUCCACCUAGUGCUUUGGCGUUCAAUCCCACAACUGGGGCAGGGACCGUCAUUGAUUCUGGCACUGUGUUUACCAGGCUUGUCGAGCCGGCGUACGUCGCGGUGAGAAACGAGUUCCGGAGGCGAGUCAAGAACGUAAACGUGAUAUCUCUAGGUGGCUUCGACACAUGCUACUCGGGCAACAUUGUUGCGCCCACAGUAACAUUCAUGUUCCCAGGGUUAAAUAUGAGUCUCGGAGCAGACAACCUUUUGAUCCACAGCACAGCGGGCAGCAUCUCAUGCUUGGCCAUGGCAGCGGCACCCGACAACGUCAACUCGGUGCUUAAUGUGAUAGCCAAUAUGCAACAACAGAACCACCGUGUGCUUUUCGACGUGCCCAACUCGAGGCUUGGCGUCUCCCGUGAGCGCUGCACCUAAUUUAUUAAUUAAUUUUGUUGGGUUCUUAUGCCUCUCAGGUCGUGAUUAGCGGUGGAGUGUGCUGUGCAUUUUGGUGCUCUCUCUCUCUUUUUUUUUUUUUUUUUUUAAGAUUUGUUUAGAUUUGUCUUUGUACAAAUCUUUCUGGGUUUAUCUCUUAACUGUUUAAAUGGCUUGGGUCAGUACGUAGUAUAUCCAUGUUGAAGUGAUCAUGACUGUAGCUUUGUGCUGGUUGUGUCGCGCAUUCUAUGUAGCGGUACUCAAUGUUUUGUAUUUUAAGUGGAUGGUUACUUUUAGUAGAUAACGUGCGAUGUCACGGGUGAUAUAUUUGCCAGACUUCCAUGGCUUUUGCUUUCAAA